AUGGCCCAAGGCGACGCGGAGCAUCCUAGGGGGGUAGAGGGUGACUCAAGUGUUCCUCCUGCCACUGUUCCACCUGCCAGUGUUCCACCUACCACUGUUCCACCUGCCAGUGUUCCACCUGCCACUGUUCCACCUACCAGUGUUCCACCUGCCAGUGUUACACCUGCCACUGUUCCACCUACCAGUGUUCCACCUGCCAGUGUUACACCUGCCACUGUUCCACCUGCCAGUGUUCCUCCUGCCAGUGUUCCACCUACCAGUGUUCCACCUGCCAGUGUUCCUCCUGUCAGUGUUCCACCUGCCAAUGUUCCACCUGCCAGUGUUACACCUGCUACUGUUCCACCUGCCACUGUUCCACCUGUCAGUGUUCCUCCUGCCACUGUUCCACCUGCCAGUGUUCCACCUACCACUGUUCCACCUGCCCGUGUUACACCUGCCACUGUUACACCUGCCACUGUUCCACCUACCAGUGUUCCACCUGCCACUGUUCCACCUGCCACUGUUCCACCUGCCACUGUUCCACGUGCCACUGUUCCACCUGCCAGUGUUCCUCCUGUCAGUGUUCCUCCUGCCACUGUUCCACCUGCCACUGUUCCACGUGCCACUGUUCCACAUGCCAGUGUUCCACCUGCCAGUGUUCCACCUGCCAAUGUUCCACCUGCCAAUGUUCCUUCUGCCAGUGUUCCACCUGCCAGUGUUCCACCUGCCAGUGUUCCUCCUGCCAGUGUUCCACCUGCCAGUGUUCCUUCUGCCACUGUUCCACCUGCCAGUGUUCCACCUGCCAGUGUUCCACCUGCCACUGUUCCACCUGCCAGUGUUCCACCUGCCAGUGUUCCUCCUGCCGCUGUUCCACCUGCCACUGUUCCACCUGCCAGUGUUCCACCUGCCAAUGUUCCACCUGCCACUGUUCCACAUGCCACUGUUCCACAUGCCAGUGUUCCACCUGCCAGUGUUCCACCUGCCAGUGUUCCACCUGCCACUGUUCCACCUGCCAGUGUUCCUUCUGCCAGUGUUCCACCUGCCAGUGUUCCACCUGCCAGUGUUCCUCCAGCCAGUGUUCCACCUGCCAGUGUUCCUUCUGCCAGUGUUCCACCUGCCAGUGUUCCACCUGCCACUGUUCCACCUGCCAGUGUUCCACCUGCCAAUGUUCCACCUGCCAGUGUUCCACCUGCCACUGUUCCACAUGCCAGUGUUCCUUCUGCUAGUGUUCCACCUGCCAGUGUUCCACCUGCCAAUGUUCCACCUGCCAGUGUUCCACCUGCCACUGUUCCACAUGCCAGUGUUCCACCUGCCAGUGUUCCACCUGCCAGUGUUCCACCUGCCACUGUUCCACCUGCCAGUGUUCCUUCUGCCAGUGUUCCACCUGCCAAUGUUCCACCUGCCAGUGUUCCACCUGUCAGUGUUCCUUCUGCCACUGUUCCACCUGCCAGUGUUCCACCUGCCAAUGUUCCUUCUGCCAGUGUUCCACCUGCCAGUGUUCCUUCUGUCAAUAUUCCACCUGCCACUGUUCCACCUGCCACUGUUCCACCUGCCACUGUUCCACCUGCCAGUGUUCCACCUGCCAGUGUUCCACCUGCCAGUGUUCCACCUGCCACUGUUCCACCUGCCAGUGUUCCUUCUGCCAGUGUUCCACCUGCCAAUGUUCCACCUGCCAGUGUUCCACCUGCCAGUGUUCCUUCUGCCACUGUUCCACCUGCCAGUGUUCCACCUGCCAAUGUUCCACCUGCCAAUGUUCCUUCUGCCAGUGUUCCACCUGCCAGUGUUCCUUCUGUCAAUAUUGCACCUGCCACUGUUCCACCUGCCACUGUUCCACCUGCCAGUGUUCCACCUACCAGUGUUCCACCUGCCACUGUUCCACCUGCCACUGUUCCACCUGCCACUGUUCCACCUGCCACUGUUCCACCUACCUUUCACCUGUUUCCCUCACAAAUUGGACUCUCGUCUUGA